AUGGCCUUUGCUAUUGAUGAGAUCAACAGAAACUCCAACCUGCUACCUAAUGUGACUCUGGGAUACAGUCUUUAUGAUAAUUGUGCUAAUCCAGAGAUUGGAUUUCGUGCAGCAUUGUCCUUAGUCAGUGGUCAAGAGGAGCAGUUUAUGUUAGAUGACACCUGUGUUGGAACCCCUCCAGUAGUGGGGAUUGUGGGUGAUUCUUCCUCUACACAUUCUAUUGCCAUCUCCAGUGUCUUAGGCUUGUACAGAGUGCCUUUGGUCCGUGCUAUGAUUCAGAUUCUAAACCACUUUGGCUGGACUUGGGUUGGCCUGUUGAUCAGUGAUGAUGACUAUGGACUUCAUGCUGCACGAUCCUUCCAAUCUGACCUGGUUCAGUCUGGUCGAGGUUGUCUGGCCUAUAUGGAGGUUUUGCCUUGGGACAAUGACCAAGAUGAAUUAAGAAGGAUUGUGGAUGUAAUGAAGAAAUCAACAGCUCGUGUGGUCAUUUUGUUUGCAAAUGAGCGUCACGUGAAUAAGCUCAUGGAAGAGGUGGCGAGGCAGAAUGUGACAGGCCUGCAGUACAUGAUCAGCGAAUCUUGGACAGCAGCUACUGCGCUCCACACUCCCCACCUCACGCCAUACCUGGCUGGCACACUGGGUAUCGCCAUCCGUCGAGGAGAAAUCCCAGGCCUCAGGGAAUUCCUCUUACAAACACGUCCUGACCUACACAACAACAACAGCUAUGGAAACAGCAUGUGUAGAUUUGCACCACCUCCAGCAGACUGGGUAGAUGCUGGGGGAGCAUUAUGCUCUGGACAGGAAGAUAUGGAAAAUGUGGAGAAUGACUUCUUGGAUGUUUCAGACCUCAGGUCAGAGUACAAUGUGUACAAGGCUGUGUAUGCACUGGCAUAUGCCCUUGAUGACAUGCUGCGCUGUGUGCCAGGCAGAGGGCCUUUCAGAGGACACAGCUGUGGCAGUUUGAAAGAACUGGAGCCAUGGCAGCUGGUGUAUUAUUUGGAUAAGGUCAACUUCACCACAUCAAUUGGUGAUCAAGUGACAUUUGAUGAGAAUGGUGAUGUCUUGCCAAUAUAUGAUAUCAUGAACUGGCUGUGGCUCCCUGACGGAACAACUAAACUUCAGAAUGUGGGUGAGGUUAAGAAGUCAGCCUUCAAAAGUGAAGAACUCACAAUUGAUGCACACAAAAUCUUCUGGAACUUUGAAUCAAAAGAGCCACCCCGGUCAGUGUGCAGUGAGAGCUGUCCUCCAGGUACCCGCAUGGCCAGAAAGAAAGGGGAACCUGUGUGCUGCUUUGACUGCAUCCCUUGUUCUGAGGGAAAGAUCAGCAAUGAGACUGACUCAUUGGAGUGCACCAGUUGUCCAGAGGACUUCUGGCCCAGCCUCCAGCGUGACCACUGUGUUCCCAAGGAAACAGAGUUCCUCUCCUACCAUGAACCUCUGGGUAUCUGCUUGACAGCUGCUGCAUUGCUGGGCACCUGUAUGUGUGCUGUUGUCCUGGGCAUCUUCAUCUGUCAUCGGAGAACACCUAUAGUACGCGCCAACAACUCAGAACUGAGUUUUCAGCUAUUGCUGUCACUUAAGUUAUGUUUCCUGUGUUCACUGCUGUUUAUCGGUCGUCCCACACUGUGGACAUGUCAGCUGAGACAUGCAGCAUUUGGGAUCAGCUUUGUGCUUUCCAUCUCAUGUAUCCUGGUGAAAACCGUGGUGGUUCUGGCUGUGUUCAAGGCCUCCAAGCCAGGAGGUGGAGCCAGUCUGAAAUGGUUUGGUGCUAUGCAGCAGAGAGGGACAGUCAUGGUUCUUACUUCUGUUCAGGCAGCAUUCUGCACUGCCUGGAUUGUAUCUGCCUCCCCAGUUCCUCAUAAAAAUACUCAGUAUUACAACGAUAAGAUUGUUUAUGAGUGUGUUGUUGGGUCCACAAUUGGUUUUGCAGUUUUGUUAGGUUAUAUCGGCUUCCUGGCUGUCCUCAGUCUUUUUAUUGCAUUUAUUUCAAGGAAUCUUCCAGAUAGUUUCAAUGAGGCCAAACUCAUCACUUUCAGCAUGCUGAUCUUCUGUGCUGUGUGGGUGGCCUUUGUCCCUGCUUAUGUCAGCUCACCAGGAAAAUAUGCAGAUGCAGUGGAGGUAUUUGCCAUCCUGGCCUCCAGUUUUGGCCUCCUGGUAGCACUGUUUGGACCCAAAUGUUACAUAAUCCUGCUGAGACCAGAGAGGAACACAAAGAAAUCUAUCAUGGGUCGAGGCAACGAUACAUAAAAGCUGCACUUAAUUUC